GUAGCUUCCUCAAAGCAGGUUUAGGUUCUGGGCCAGUUGUAACCAUUUAGUUAGAAUGAGUUGGAGAUAAUUAUCCAACAUUUUAUAGGGGUUUCACCCAGGAAAGAGGGUGGGAGACAGAGUGAGUGUGUGCCGGCGAUUUACAAUUUGCAGGGAGCAAGAGAGGAAAAUAUUCCACAGAAACUGGAAUUGCCUGUUUAUGAUUUCUCUGCUUUACUGACAGUGAACAGGUUUUACAUCUCCUGCCACAGGGAUUAGAAGAGCAGGGUUUAGAUCAGGAAACCCAAACGAAAGAUCAGUUCAAGAUCUGACAAAGUCACUGCAUUUAUCAGGAGCUGAACAUCACUGCCCUCUGACUGUGCAAGGAGAAAUGUUUGCUUUGUCUCAGCGGGAAAGAUUGCAAACAUCAGUGUGACUAGAAAAUCACCAAGACACACAAACAUCUGAAUGAGAGUGUUCCAGUGAACUGACUGUGGAAAGAGCUUUAAUCAGUUGCAAAGACUGAAGAAACAGUGCACCGUUUAGAGCAGGAACAAAUCCUUCAAACGAGAGUGACACAAAGACACUGGCACCAUGGAGAAACCAUGUAAAUGUGUGGAGUGCGGUAGGGGAUUCAGAUUUCCAUCCAGGCUGGAUGUUCAUCGGCGCAAACACACAGGAGAGAAACCAUUUACUUGCUGCAAGUGUGAGAAGGGAUUUGCUCGUUUAUCCAGCUUAAAGAUACACCAGAGACGUCACGCUGGGGAGAAGUCAUUCAUCUGCAUAACAUGUGGUAAGUGGUUUGCUAAUUCAUCUGACUUACAUGUACACCAGAACGUUCAGACUGGGGAGAAACCAUUCACCUGCUCCGAGAGUGGGAAGGGAUUUGCUCAGUUUUCCAAAUUAUGUGAGCACCAGAGAACUCACACUGGAGAGAAACUGUUCACCUGCUCUGACUGCGGGAAGGGAUUCACUAAGUCAUCCACUUUACUUCGGCAUCAGAUAACUCACACUGGAGAGAAACCGUUCACCUGCCCUGAAUGUGGGAAGGGAUUCACUCAGUUAACACACUUGCAUCAACACCAGAGAGCUCACACUGGAGAAAAACCAUUCACCUGUCCUGAAUGCGGGAAGAAAUUCACUCAGUUAGUCAACCUACAGUCACACCAGGGAACGCACACUGGGGAAAAACCGUUUCCCUGUCCUGAGUGUGGGAAGAGAUUCACUCGGUUAUCCAACUUACAUCAACACCUGGGAACUCACACUGGAGAAAAACCAUUCACCUGCUCUGAGUGCGGGAAGGGAUUUGCUCAGUCUUCCAAGUUACGUGAGCACCAGAGAACUCACACUGGAGAGAAACCGUUCAGCUGCUCUGUCUGUGGGAAGGGAUUCGCUCGGUUAUCGCACGUGCAUCAACACCAGAGAACUCACACUGGAGAAAAACCAUUCAGCUGUACUGAAUGCGGGAAGAGAUUCACUCAGUUAACGAACUUACAGUCACACCAGAGAACUCACACCGGAGAGAAACCUUUCACCUGCCCUGAGUGCGGGAGGGGAUUCGCUCAGUUCUCCAACUUGCAUCAACACCAGACAACUCACACCGGAGAAAAACCAUUUCCCUGCCCUGAGUGCGGGAAGAGAUUCACUCGUUUAUCCAACUUACAACAACACCACCGAACUCACAGUAGGGAAAAACCAUUCACCUGCUCCGACUGCGGGAAGGGAUUCACUAAGUCAUCCACUUUACUUAGGCACCAGAGAACUCACACUGGAGAGAAACCAUUCACUUGCCGUGAGUGUGGGAAGGUAUUCGCUCAGUUAACAAACUUACAGUCACAUCAGAGAACUCACAGUGGAAACAAACAGUUCCCGUGUUCUGAGUGUGGGAAAAAAUUCACUCGAUUUCCAUCCAGGCUGGACGUUCAUCGGCGCAAACACACUGGGGAGAAACCAUUUACCUGCUCCACAUGUGGAAAGGGAUUUGCUCGUUUAUGCAGCUUACAGAUACAUCAGAGAACUCACACUGGGGAGAAAUCAUUCACCUGCGCCAAGUGUGGUAAGGGGUUUGCUCAUUUAUCCAGUUUACAUGUACACCAGCGAAUUCACACCGGGGAGAAACCGUUCAUCUGUACCAAGUGUGGUAAGGAGUUUGCUCAUUCAUCAACUUUACAUGUACACCAGAGAAUUCACACUGGGGAGAAACCAUUCACCUGCUCCGACUGUGGGAAGGCAUUUGCUCAGUCUUCCAAGUUAUAUCGACAUCGGAGAACUCACACUGGCGAGAAACCAUUCAUCUGCUCGGACUGUGGGAAGGGAUUCGCUCGGUUAUCCACCUUACAGGUACACCAGGGAACACACACUGAAGAAAAAAUGUUCACAUGCUCGAAGUGUGAGAAGAGAUUUGCUCAUUUAUCCAGCUUACAGGUACACCAGAGACAUCAUGCCAGGGAGAAAUCAUUCAUCUGCACCACAUGUGGUAAGGGAUUCGCUAAUGUAUCUGGAUUACAUGUGCACCAGAAGGUUCACACUGGGGAGAAACCAUUCACCUGCUCUGAGUGUGGGAAGGCAUUUGCUCAGUCAUCCAAGUUACAGCAACACCAGCGAACUCACACCGGAGAAAAACCGUUUACUUGUCCUGAGUGCGGGAAGAGAUUCACUCAGUUAUCCAAUUUACAUUCACACAAGGAAACUCACACCGGGGAGAGACCAUUCACCUGCUCUGACUGCGGGAAGGGAUUCGCAGAGUCAGCCACUUUGCAGGUACACCAGAGAAUUCACACUGGAGAGAAACCAUUCAUCUGCUCUGAGUGCGGGAAGAGAUUCACUCAGUUGUCCAACUUAAAUCAACAUCAGAGAACUCACACUGGAGAGAAACCAUUCACUUGCCCCGAGUGCGGGAAGAGAUUCUCUCAGUUGUCCAACUUAAAUCAACACCUGAGAACUCACACUGGAGAGAAACCGUUUACUUGCCCUGAGUGCGGGAAGGGAUUCACUCAGUUGGUGAACUUACAUCAACACCGGAGAACCCACACCGGAGAAAAGCCAUUCAUCUGCCCUGAGUGCGGGAAGAGAUUCACUCAGUUAUCCAACUUACAUUCACACAUGGGAACUCACACUGGAAAAAAAACAUUCACCUGCUCUGAGUGUGGGAAGGGAUUUGCUCAGUCUUCUAAGUUAUGCGAACACUGGAGAAUUCACACCGGGGAGAAACCGUUCAUCUGCUCUGACUGUGGGCAGGGAUUCGCUCAGUCAUCCACCUUGCGUGUACACCAGCGAACGCACACUGGAGAGAAACCGUUCGCUUGCCCUAACUGCGGGAAGAGUUUCACUCAGUUAUCCAACUUACAGCAGCACCAGAGGACUUGCUGUAAACUGCGCACUGUCAGGAAGGCGAGAUCACAUCCAGAAUGAGAGAUGGCUUAACAAACUGAUGAUGUGGUGACUGCUGCAGUACCUGUGUUUCCUUCCUCCUGCCUUGUUUGACAGGAGAUCUGCCAUCACCUGCACAAUCUCACCACAGGAUACGAUCUAGAGGAUGGAGUCAGAUGGAGGAUAAGUAAGCGCACAUGAUCCCCAUAAAAUCUCUCAAUACUGAAUGUUGGUCCAGGAUGGUUGCAAUGGAUGGAUGAGCAAUGGGUGGAUGAGUGGUCGAAGGCAUAUUCAGCGGACAUAGAGGUAGGGUCUGGUUGGUGCUACUGGUGGGAAGUGUUCAUUCUGAAGAAGUCCCACCCGAAAUAGUGACCAUUCAUCUUCUCACUUUCUCAUGUGAACAGGUUUGACAUCUCCUGCCACAGGGAUUAGAAGAGCAGGAUCUCGAUCAGGAAACCCAAACGAAACAUCAGGUCAAGACCUAACAGAGUCACUGCAUUCAACAGGAGCUGAACAUCACUGCCCUCCUAAUGUGCAAGGAGAAAUGUUUGUUUUUUCUGAGGAGAAAGAUUUCAAACAUCAGUGUGAUUGGAAAAUCACUGAGACACAGGCACACCCGAAUGAGUGUGUUCCAACGAACUAACCACGGAAAGCACUUUCACCAGUUACACAGACUCAAAAAACAUUGCACCAUUUACAGCAGGGUGUAAAACCACGUAUGUGUUUUGUUUCCAGACAAGGAUUCAACCAAUCCUUCAAUCCGGAGAGAUGUAGACACUGGCACCCUGGUAAAAUCAUGGAAACGUGUGGACCGAGGAAAGGGAUUCAGAUUUCCAUCCUGGCUAGAAAUUCAUCAACGCUGACACACUGAAGAGAGUCCACUAACCUGCUCCAAUUGUGAGAAGGGAUUUGCUCAUUUUUCCAGCUUAAAGGUACAUCAGAAAAUUCACCGGGGAGAAACCGUUCACCUGUCUUGAGUGUUGGGAAAGCGUUUGUGCAGUCAUGCAAGUUAAGAACAGUACAGCACAGUACGGGCCCGUCAGCCCAUGAUGUUGUGCCAACCUAUCAUCCUACUCUAAGAUCAAACUAACCUGCAUACCCUUCAUUUUACUAUCAUCUAUGUGCCUAUCCAAGAGUCAUUUAAAUGUCCCUAAUGUAUCCGACUCUACUACCACCGCUGGCAGUGCAUUUCAUGCACCCACCACUCUCUGUGUAAAGAACCUACCUCUGACAUCUCCCCUGUACCUUCCUCCAAUCAUCUUAAAAUUAUGCACCCUUGUGAUAGUCAUUUCCACCCUGGGGAAAUGUCUCUGGCUAUCCACUCUAUCUAUGCCUCCCAUCAUCUUGUACACCUCUAUCAAGUCACCUCUCGUCCUUCGCUCCAAUGAGAGAAGCCCUAGCUCCCUCAACUUUCCCUCAUAAGACCUGCCCUCCAUUUUAGGGAGCAUCCUGGUAAAUCUCCUCUGCACCUUCUCUAAAGCUUCCACAUCCUUCCUAUAAUUAAAUUUGACCAGAAACUGAACUGGUCUAGCCAAGUAAAUAUCGUAGUUACAAAUGCAAGUCAGAGGCUGGGAAUUCUGUGGUUAUUAGCUUACCUCCUGUCUCCCAAAGUCUGUCCACCCAUCUGCAAGACACAAGUUGGAGUGUGGCAGUAUACUCUCUGUUAACCUGGAUGGCAGCAGCACCAACCAUAUUCCAAAAAGUCAACUCCAUCCAGGACAAAGCAGUUGAUUGAUAUUUCAGUCUAGGUGUUUCAAUCAAGAUAUUCAUGUAUAGAAUAAGGCUUUAUUAAAAGGAUCAACAUGUUGGGUUGGGGCAGCAGGCAGGAGAGUGGUACUCAGUGAGACACUCUCAGAGCUCGCACAUACGGGUUGGACCAAAUUGCUGCCUCCUGCACUGUAAUAAUUCUGCAAAUCUGAUUUCCAACUAGCACCUCCGACAUUCACUCCACCACUGACAUGUACAGGCUGCACUAUGUACUAUUUACAAGAAAAACCGCUACAUUGACAAAGAAUUUGCCAGCACUUUGUAAAACUGUGACGUCUGCCAUCUAGAAGGACAUGGUGGCAUUUUCAUAGGAACACCAGCAAAUGCAAAUUCCCUGCAAGUGACCCAUCAUCCUGACUUGGAACUGUAUCAACUGUUUCAAUCAAAUCUUGUCUCAUUUGUGGACUGCUUCUGUGUUUGAGGAGUGGUGAAGGGGGCUGAAUAUUGUACAAUCAUCGGGGAGCAAUAUGAUGAAGGGAAGGUCAUUGCUGAGUCAGCUAUAGUUGGUUGGACCAAGGACAAAACCCCUGAGGAACUCCUGCAGUGAUUACCUCUGGCACCCAUAACAAUCUUCCUUUGUGUUAGGGAUUGCUGUAACAAGUGAAGUGUUUUCACCCCGAUUCCCACUGACCUGAUGCUGCACUCAGUCAAAUGUAGCCUUGGUGUUAAAAGGCAGUUAUUCUCAUCUCACCUGAGAAAUACAGCUCCUUUGUCCACAUUUGGCUAUCAUAAGGUCAGGAACUUGGUGGGAACUGAACUGAAAGCCCAGUGAGUAGGUUAUUGCUAAGUGUUUCACAGGACUGUCAAUGUCACUUUCUAUCAGUUUGCUGAUGAUCAGGAUUAGACCAAUGAGGCAGUAAUUGCCUGAGUGAGAUUUGUGCUGCUUUUUGUCAAGACAGGAAAUAGCUGUUGGGAAGUGACAGUACAGUGGUAUUGUUACUGCAUCAAUUCACACUAACUAGCGUUUAAAAAGAGUGAGUCUUAUCAUCCAGAGUCAAAGAUUCACCUAUAUGUUAAAAUAAUACUUGGACAUUCAUUCUGGCCAGAAAAUGAAACUUCAAAGAUGAUGAUUCAAUCAGAAAUUCAGCGAAAUUAGCCAUUUAGCCAGUACUCUUUCCUCCUACUAAAUACAACACAAAUAGUCCAGUGUUUCAAGAAAUAGGUAAUAAGUAAUUUUAUAUUACUGUAAUUAAUUCUAAGAGUUUUAUUUUACAUAAAGCCCAUGAGAAACUAAUUCCAAAUAAAUAUUAAGCCAUGUUAAAGAAUCUCAAUUUUCGACAUUAUCAGGCAGAUGCCUGGGUUGUAGCUGUACUGGAAGAGAUGACUAGGUGUUCAGCAAAGUCAAAGCAAGAGACUUCCAUCCCAGACUGACAAUGAUCAUUUCUACAGAACUAUUUUUGCAAGUUUUAAAAUUAAUCUUCCUCUGUAUUCCACAACCUGGCCAGAAACAGAUUAUUUUCAUCCCCCAAUUUGAAUAGCUGUGGCAUGUUUCCACACGCUUUUUGCUUGACUUUGUAAGAACAGCAGCAGAACUACAGGAGAAGUAAGGUUUAUUUCAAACUAUUUGGAUGUGGGGUGGAGUGGCGGGGGGGUGGUGGGGUGGGAGUGGAUGGGAGAGAUGAUUUGGAAAUAAAGACACACUCACAAACAUGCAAGGAGAGAUACAAAUAAUAAUAAUAAAAACAGAUCAUCCAGUUAGCAAUAGCCUAAAAGUUCUAAAACAAUGAACGGAUACCAAUUUAUCAAAAUCUUUGCAUUUAAGGUGGAGUCCAAAAGCCCAAAAUUGGAGUUAGCAGUCUGGAAUUCCUUUGAGGGGGCUCAUUGAUUGUCUAGCUGGCAGUUCAAAAGUCCAUGGAUAUUUCUUAUUUAUAAAAUUCUUUCAGAGGUGGAAGAAUUUUGCUGAAAUGUCAAUUCUAUUUUGCUGUGUUGAUAAAAGAAACUUUAUAACAAGCAGAGAACAUAAAAACAGGACCAGGCUACAAAGCGAAGUUAGGGGUUUUGAUACUGUCAGUAGAUGUUGUAUGAAGUAACAUUGACCCUGUGAUUGACAAAUGUUUCAAAAUAACUGAGCUCCAAACUUUGGGAGUUAUGUGAUCAAGACUCCUUGGUCAGCGUUGGAGUGAACAGUUAUCAAGACAGAUGCUUGUGUUGCAGAUUUUGGGGGGAAAAAAAACUGCCUAUGGCUCAUCUCAGAGAUUAUGUGAGGAAAUUAACAUCGUUUUACAGGAUAGGGGUAACUUACACUCAUUUGAAUCCUAUCUCAAUCAUAGUUUUUAGCAUAAUAUUUUAAUACUCCCGUCCCAUCAGGAAGUACAUUGAUUCUGCAGCCCACUUUGACUUCUAAAGAAGUUUCUAGGAGGCUACUGCUUUGUCCAAUCAUAUGGUUGUAGCAUUUAUCUUUAUUAGGUUGUAUUUUAAAUACAGUCACCGAAUCAUUAUAGAUGUGUGUGAAAGUUGGUUUUAAACCAAUUCAUGACAAAAUAAUGAUAGGAAAGGUAACUGUCAAUGCUGAACCCUUAAGGAACUGGACGACACGCCUUCCAUCACCUUGAAAAAAAACACCCAUUAACCACUUAUCUCUGUUUACUGCCUCUCAAUCAAUUCUGUAUCCAUGUUGUUACUGUGUUUUAUUCCAUGAUCUCUAAAUUUCCUCACAAGUCUGUUGUUUGGCACUGUAUCAAAAGCCUUUUGGAAUUCCACAUGCAGUACAAAACAGAAUGUGUCUGAUCAAUCCUCUUACUUCUCAAAAAGAAAUCUCUAGCAAGUUGGUUAAACAAAACCUUUGCCUCAUAAAUUCAUGCUAGCUCUCCCUAUUCUAACAAAAAAUUGUCUUAACCAAUUUUGUCCCAAACUAUUGUUUCUAGAGGAUUCUGAACAACCCAAACUAAACUGAGUGGCCUGCAGGUCAUCGACUUAUCUUGACCCCAAUUUUUGCUUUGAAGAAGGGCACAAUGUUUGCAAUUUUCCAGUCCUCUGACAUUUUGCAAACAAAAUUGAAAAAUUCUGACAACCAA